CCCAUCUGAGCAGAUCUACCGAGGAGGAAGACCGAUGGCGCGGCAACUGGUUGCUGCGGUGGCCGCUCUGGUGGCGGUGUGCGCCCUGGCGGCCGCCGCCGGCGUCCAGGCCCAGCCGCCGAGGAAGCUGCCGCCCAACUACCACAUGAUCAGCCCGGGCAAGUUCGGGCAGAGGAGCCAGCAGCUGUCGUGCAAGGACACCAACGGCAGGAAGGCGGGGUGCAUGGGCAAGUGCGACAAGCGCUGCCCCAACCAGUGCAUCGUCCUCUGCCCCAGCUGCAAGACAUACUGCAUGUGCGACUUCUACGCUGGCGUGUCCUGCGGCGACCCGCGCUUCACCGGCGGCGACGGCAACAACUUCUACUUCCACGGCAAGAAGGACCAGGACUUCUGCAUCGUCUCCGACGCCGACCUCCACAUCAACGCCCACUUCAUCGGCAAGCGCAACCCCUCCAUGAGCCGUGACUUCACCUGGAUCCAGGCCCUCGGCAUCCGCUUCGCCCACCACCGUCUCUUCAUGGGAGCCCUCAAGACCACCAGCUGGAACGGCGACGUCGACCACCUCGAGAUGUCCUUCGACGACGCGGCCAUCGAGAUCCCGGCCGAGGCCGGCGCGCGGUGGCAGUCGGCCGCCGUGCCAGGGCUGACCGUCACGAGGACUGCGGCCACCAACGGAGUGAGGGUGCACCUGAGGGGCGUGUUCGACAUCAUGGCCAACGUGGUGCCCAUCACCGAGGAGGACUCGCGCAUCCACAACUACGGCGUCGCGGGGUCGGGCGACAGCCUCGCGCACCUUGACAUCGGGUUCAAGUUCCAUGACCUCACCGACGACGUGCACGGCGUGCUCGGCCAGACCUACCGCUCCGACUACGUGAACGAGAUGAGCGUGCGCGCCAACAUGCCUGUCAUGGGUGGUGCGCCAAACUAUGUCUCGUCCGACAUCUUUGCCGCCGACUGCGCCGUCUCCAGGUUCGGCCGCAGCACAGGCAUCUCCGUGGUCACCAAGUCCGACUGAACUAUGCAAUAAGUUGCAGACGUGAGCUUUGCAGUCACCUCCACCGCACUACUACACCCCUGAUCACAAAAUGGCAACAAAUUUCUGCUUCGCACAAUCAACCAAAUUAGUGGGAUAAUGAGGAUGGAAAUAAAAAUGUAACUGAAGGUCAACCAAAAUUUCUGCUUCGUUUCAUUUAAUUAAUAUUAUUACUCCCUCUGG